AUGUCCCAUAGAGAGGGCAUCGUCUAUAUCGAGGCUAACCUAUCAAUGGAUGACCGGUUUGUUUGUCAUGAACUGGAAAAAGACUAUCGACUUCCAGGAUCUCUGGCCACUGACACCCGUCUACAAUUUCUAUGGUUAUGUCUAAUAUUAUUUAUAUCGGUUGGCCUAAAAUGUUGUCAACCAUUAGUGGUCAAAUUGUUUAUAACCUUUGAGGAUAUGGACGGUUAUAAAUGGCACGGAUAUAUCUAUACAGUACUACUGGUGCUCAUGAAUAUACUAUCCAGUCUAUUGAAUGCCUAUUAUAUACAAGCAAUCAAAUGUCUAGCUAUGAAAAUCACAUCAUCGGUAAUGUCGGCCGUCUAUCGCAAGUCACUGGUGUUGAGUAACGGUGCCAAACGUCUGACCAGUUAUGGCGACAUAACUAACCUAAUGGCUGUCGACUGUCAACGAGUUAAUGAUUAUGCCCAAUGGUUGGCCUAUAUAAUAGUAAUACCUCUACAGAUAAUACUG